AGCCUCUGGCUCAUGAUCCGCCUGCCUUCAUGCAGCAGCAAUUUCAUCAUUCAUCAUUCAUCAUUCAUGGGCUCUAGCCUCUGGAGCUUGAAGACGAAGGUCCUCAGCAGUGCCAAAAGUUCUCAGCACAUCAUCCUAGAUAGCUGGUGCUAGUGGAGGGAACGUGGUGUAUGGAAGGGAGAGUUCGUGAACGAGAGCAUGGAGCCGACGCCGCCUGUUGACUUCCGCGGUCUGCAUGGCGUCCUAAGCUCAAGGACACCCAACAUUGCGAGCAAGAAGGAGCGGGAGGACGCUCUGAGGGAGCUGCUGCAGAAGCGCACAGCAAAGGCUGGCAUGCAGAGGAUGAGACGAAGCUCUGGGCCUGAUGAGGAGCAUAGUGGGGUGUCAAGUGUAGAGGAGAGGCCCUUUGAUGAUCGGAAAGAAGGGGCAAGUAGGACGAUGAUGGAUUACCGGAAUGGGCAGGCUGAGGUUGAAGUACGGGAUGGUGGCUUAGGCAACGUGGAGCAGAAACCCUCAAGUGUGCAGACUCCCUCACGGCGCAGGUUAAAGAAGCUUGCUGAGGUCAAUAUCAAUGAGUCUGCUCGAAGCUUUGGAGAUGUGGUCGAGAUCGAGGAUGACUCUCCACAGCCCGAUGCGUUGAGGAAAAGUAAGCCAGGUGCUGGAAGAGACAGGCGGCAAGUUGAAGGCAAGGAGAGUCCAAGUGACAUUGCGGAGCAAUUGGGGGGCCUAUCCAUAGACAAAGGCAGUAGUGCAGAAGCCUCUCGUCUUGUUGCACAGAGCAACCGGUUGGACCAUGUGCUCCAGGUUUCCCGCCAGCAGGCCCUGCCGGAUGAUGACAUCAGCGUCUCAAAACCACAGAAGAAGCAGUGGACGGACUGGCCUGAGCAGUCAGAGCAGGGGGAAGGGCGGAAGUCUGCUUAUGCAGACCUCGGCAAGUCUACUAAACCUAGGCCGAAGGCUGCAUUCGUAGACCUCGAGGAACAAGAGGACCCUCACACUUCCGGAAAAGGGGCUUUGAGUAAAGCAGCGUCACGCUCGAGCGAAAAGGCCUCGUUCGGUAGGAAUGGUGUAAUAGGGAAGGAGAGACGCCAAGAACACCGUGCAGGCCCAACUUUCGGACACAAAAUGGGAGAGGAGCGCCAAGGCGGGGGCCCUGACAGAAAGCGAGAAGAGAGUUCCUCAUUGAGGGAAGCGUCAACCAGUGGCUCUGAGCAUAGGGACAGGGAGGCCAAAGAAGCGAGGGCGCGAGAGAGGGUUGAGGCGCUUCUGGCCAAGGACAAGGAUGCAAUGGUACUGGGGAAGGGCCGGUACUGCCUGCCUGGGCGGAUUGCAAGGCAGCUGUACCCGCACCAGAGGGAGAGCAUCGAGUGGCUCUGGAGCCUCCACGUGAAGAAGACGGGGGGCAUUCUCGGCGAUGAUAUGGGGCUCGGCAAGACGAUGCAGAUUGCGUCGUACCUCACUGGGCUCUUCAAGUCACGCCUCAUUCACUGCGUUCUGAUCGUGGCCCCCAAGACGCUGCUUGCGCAGUGGGAGCUUGAGCUCUCGGAGAAGUGUGGCAUGGGGCGGCAGGUGCUCUCGUACCACGAGGGGAGCCCGAACGAGCGGGCCUGGAACCUGCGCCACACCUUACAGCAGGGGGGCAUUCUGCUGACCACCUACGGCAUGAUCCAGCACAACGCGAUCCCCCUGGCGGGGCUGGACCCAGAGAUUGGCAAGGACGGCUUUGGCGAGAUGGCUGACGAUGUGGUGACGUGGGACUAUGUCGUGCUGGAUGAGGGCCACCAGAUCAAGAACGAGAAGACCGUGAAGGCGAAGAACCUGCGGAGCAUUCCCGCCAGGCACCGGGUCAUCGUCAGCGGCACGCCUGUACAGAACAAUCUCCAGGAGAUGUGGUCCCUCUUCGACUUCUGCUGCCCGGGGCUCCUGGGCGACAUCCGCUCCUUCAAGGAGGAGUACGAGCGGAAGAUCACCACCGGACAGAACCGGGACGCUACAGAGCGCCAGAGGCACGUCGGAGUCGUCACCUCGCAAAAACUCCGCGCCGUGAUCGCGCCCUUCUUCCUGCGCCGCGAGAAGAAGGACGUCAUCAAAACCCCAAACACCGGCGGCGGUCCAAACCCCUCCUCGUCGGCCGCGGCCGCGGGGGCCGCCUCUGGGCAGCGCCAGAUGGACAUGAGCGCGCGCAAGAAUGAUCUCAUCGUGUGGCUGAAACCGACUGCGGAGCAGAAGCGGCUGUACGUGUCGUUCCUGCAGAGCGAGCAGGUCAAGAAGGUGUUCAACGAGAAGCGGUCCGCGCUGGCAGCCCUCACGGUCCUCAAAAAGAUCUGCGACCACCCGCUGCUCCUCACCGAGCGCGCAGCCUCCGAGAUCUUUCGCGGCGCGUCACGGGCGGCCGCCAACGGUCCUUCCGACGAGCUCUCCGAAGGCGACGCGGCCGCGGCCGCGGAGCUCGCGCUCGAGAUCGCGCGCGCGCGGGGGAUCCCCCUCGGGGACGGCGGCUCGGCCGGGGACGCGUCGUGCAAGGUGCUGUUCCUGAUGGAGUUGCUGGAGGACCUGACGUGGGCGGGGCACCGGACGCUGGUGUUUAGUCAGUCCAAGAAGAUGCUGGACAUCAUUCAGGCGGAGGUAGUCGCCCGGGACUUCCGCUUCUGCCGCAUCGACGGGAGCAUCGUCAGCGCGCGCGAGCGCCAAAAGCUUGUCGAGGAGUUCCAGACGGACCCGGACAUCCCGGUCUUCCUGCUGACGUCACAAGUGGGCGGCCUGGGUCUCACGCUGACGGCAGCAGACCGGGUGGUCAUCAUCGACCCGGCUUGGAACCCGAGCGUGGACAAUCAGAGCGUGGAUCGCGCGUAUCGCAUUGGGCAGGCGCGCGACGUGGUAGUCUACCGGCUGAUCACGGCGGGCACGAUCGAGGAGAAGAUCUACUGCAAGCAGGUCUUCAAGGGCGGCCUCAUGCGCGCCGUCACCGAGCACAAGGACUACAAAAAGAUGUUCAACGAGAACGAGCUGCGGGCCCUGUUCUCCAUCCCCGAGCGCGGCUUCGAGCACUCCGAGACCAUGGAACGGCUGCACAAGUCGCAGGCGGGACUGGUGGAAACGACGCCCGAGUUGGACCAGCACAUCGCGCGCCUGGAGACACGUGGCAUCGUAGGAGUGAGCCACCACGACCUGCUCUUCAAGGAGGCCGCGGAGGACGUGCCCAUCGUCGCUACCGUCGGCGCCGACACUCUCCGUGCCACGUCAGCACCAGCGCGCCGCCAGGUGGUUGACCUGACUGGCCGCGGAUCCCGGAAGGGCGGUCUGACUGCGCUCCCGACUGCCCGUGUGGACCUCCUUUCCGAAGCUCACGCCUACCUCAAGUCGGGCGGCGCGUCAACGUCUACAACUUUUGGCAGCAGUUCCGCCAAUCCCUGGACGGUUCCGGCAGAAUCCCCGGAGCGCUCAGAAGAGCGGAAGGCGGCGGAAGCGGAAGUGGCGGCGCGGCAACGGGUGGAUGGCCUGGCGCAGGAGCUUCGAAAAGCGGAGUGGCUCUUUAAGUCACAGGCGCCAUCUUUGCCCGACAAGGGCGAGAAGAUCAAGCAGAAGAUCCGUCGCCUCUCCGACCAGCUGAACGAGGCGCGCGUCGCGGCGACCAAACCCUUAAGCCCCGAAGCGCCAGCGGCCGCCCAAGCCGCAGCCACCCAACCCUUAAACCCCGAGGCCGAGGAGGCGCGUUCGGGCGGCAGCGCUUCCAUAGCGGCAGCCCCCGUUACGAUCGCCGAGGCUGAGCUCUCGGCCGAAACUGGAAGAGCAAGACAUGAGAAGGGUUUGAAUGUUUCUUCGGAAGAGGCAGAUUCCAAAUGCUUUCGAAAGCCCGGAGGUUCUAGUCCCAGUUCUGCUCUAGAGGAGCGGCAGUUUCCGGCGGUGAGCAAACCCUCGGCGAUUGGUGAAACCCGGGUUUUGAACACCUCCCCUGAUCUGGUAAACGGGGCUCCGGGGCCGGAGAGAGAGGCUCUCGGGGACUCAGGUUGGGGGAGGGUACCGGCGAGGGAGGGGCUAGCUUCGCAGGCAGGCGGAGGGCUCGGAAAGAUUCCCCAAGCUGUGGAUGCAGCAACUGUGCCGCUGCAGACUGCUGACGUCAUACAGAGCCUCGAGUCAGCUCGGUUUGGGAACGCGCGGACCGUUUUCGGUGGACAGAUGGGAGCCGUGCAUGCUGCGAAUGACGUUAGGGGGUCCGGUUUCGCAACCGAUUUUGGGAGCUCUGCGCUUGGGCGACCUUCGGUACAGAACCAAGCGAGAACGGUCGCCCUUACCGGGCAGCCUGCAGGAAGGUCAGUCGGUGCCCCGGUUGAAGAAGAGGGAGGCACAGACCCUGAAAGAUCUCCGGCAGACGCGAAAUAUUCAAGCGGCGCCAAACCAGCAGAAACGGCAGCUUCGAGCGGACACAAGCACUCUGCCGCGCCGGUUGGUAAGUCUGCACAAGACCGGCCAGGUGACGUCAGCAGGUUAAAGGUGUCCGAGGUCGAAAACGACGUUGAGCAAAAGACCGAUGGGCGGUUUGGGGUGGCGUUCGGGACGCCGGCUCGGGUGGGAAGUGUCUCGGCGCCUCAGUCCGAACUGAAGCUCAGGGCUUCUUUGAGGAAGAGGCGGGAGGAGAGAGGCGCUCUGGAGGACAGCCCAACGGGCGGGAUGCCUUCGUUCGACCUGGGUUUGGAUGACUUGGACGAGGUUGCUGACAAGUUGGGAUCGUUGUCGGUGGUUUCGUGACAGUCGUGGUGGACACUAGACAUUAAAUGCGAGGAGUUGCCUCAGCGACGGCUAUAAUAUUUGACGAAGUUGCUCGCUUCAAUGAAAGUUGCUUCAGCGUCCCCUAUGUUGUUUGACGAGAUUGCACGGAAAAUCCUUCCUAAGAUGUUGUCUCUUUCGUCGCC